AUGCGAUUUACGCAUGCCCAUUUCACGCUCAUUCUCUGCGUGUGGCUUUCAUUGCCCCACGUCCGUGUCGAGAGUGUUAUCAGUGAGAACGUCACUUGGUAUCCGAUUGACGAGAACCGGACAAUUUUUCGAAACAAACGUCAGUUAGGGUUGGAAUUUGAUUCAUCCGCCUCCCGUUGUCGAAUCGGAACUGUGGACUUACAAUGUUUACCGCCGUUCAAAAAUAUUGUGCAUGGGGUGAAUGUGAGGGCCAGUGCAAACUGUGGUGUAGAAAGAACACAGCGUCUUUGUCGAUCGGAUGGUACUUGCCAACUGUGCGGACCGCAUCCGAAGCGACAAUUCGCCGCGGAAUAUCUGACCGAUAUACAUGACCCACAAAAUCAGACAUGUUGGGCCUCAGGCUUCAUCCGACCAGGUGGUCCGGAGCAAGCAGUUAAUUUGACUCUAUCGUUGGGAAAACGAUUUGAGGUGUAUUACAUUUCCCUACAACCGUGCAGUGUCGGAAGUCUACCGGACUCUAUUGCCAUCUAUAAAUCGUCGGAUUUCGGAAGAAAUUGGCGACCGUGGCACUAUUUUUCCACUGAUUGUUAUCGUGCAUUUGGAUUACCCACUACCGAUGAGUAUAACAGUCACAUAACCUCAGCAAACUUACAAGAAGUAUUGUGUGUCGCGUUGCAACCUCAUGAAGGCUAUCUAAACCGUCAAAUGCGACGACGACGCUCGAUGGGCAUACAUUUACAACACGGUACGCUACCGAAAGAUCCUAAACAACUAAUGCUUGAUACGUCAAAUGUCGCCCCCGAUUGGGUGAUUGCAUUUAGUACAACCCUGGGACGUCCAUCCCAACGUCCUUGGAGUCCAGCACUGAUUGACUGGAUGACUAUGACAGAUAUCCGCAUUAGUUUGAUGCGCUUUCGUUCCAGCAAUAGAGGUGGGGAAUAUGAGUCCAAAAGGAGGGAACUCAGAGCAGCGUCUGGUAACUUUGUUCACCACUCCCUCCCGUUCGGAUUAUCUGCCCCAGAAAAUCAGUUUCGUCGUAGAUCAUAUUUGGGUCGCGACUCGUACGCCGAUAGCUACCCGCGUACACGUCAUCAAAUGCGAGACGUAACCUCAAGGGAUUUGAGCGCAUCUAAUCCACUCAACAACCGGUUGUUUACAGUCAACGGGACCGUGCACCCCUCGGAAGAAGUGGUACCGGAAGUCUCCAAAUUAGAUUCCAUGUUUCCCGGUGAACCCGACAUCCUGUCGGAUAACGAGUUCUACGCGUUUGCUGACCUCGCAAUUGGAGGUCGAUGCAAAUGCAACGGCCAUGCCAGUGAUUGUUUCCUCGGCUCAGACGGUCGACUGCGAUGCGCAUGUGAGCACAACACGGAAGGAGACGAUUGUGAACGUUGCAAAUCCGGUUACAUGGAUAAACCGUGGGAAAGAGCUACCGCGCAAAAAGCAAACGCUUGUACAAGUGAGUAUUGUAUUUUCCGAAUCGAUACGUGCUACUCAGAAUAA